UGCUUAAAAAUUUAUUUUUUCCCAUUUAAAUUUAACUAAAAAAUUAAACUGAUUAAAAUAAUAUAUGAAAACUGAAUGAUUCGAAAGCUUAUGAACAAACACUUGUGCAUUGUUUCAUAUCCACAAAUCGUAACUUACACUCAAGUAUUGUAUCGUCAUUAUUGGAAGAACAUGGAUUACUCCACGCUACAUCCUCCUACCAGCGUGCGUGGUAUUACCACACUAGAACGAAAUGCCUUCCAAAAAGUUAUUAGUAUUCCCAAAUUAAAAGUAUCUGAGAAAAACUCGCAGAAGGUUAUUCCAUUGAUAAAGAAACUACUUCUGAAAAUGGACCGUCUGAAACCAGUGCGUCCGCUGGUGGAGGAACAGGGUUUUAAGGAGGUUCUCCUUCACCCAGGUCCUGUCACAGGUUUUGAUAGUCUUCCAAAAGAACUCUUUGAAUUGGGGGUUAAUGAAAAGGACUUCUUCUUUGGUGAAUUAGAAUUGUCCUAUGAAAAUUGGCGCGCGGAUGAAAUCCUCAAAUGUGUCCUACCCGAAGAGGGCGAAGGUUUGACGUCGUAUUCCCGCGUAGGACAUAUUGUACACAUCAACCUGCGUGACCAUUUGCAACCCUACAAAGCACUCAUUGGUGAUGUGUUAAAAGACAAAGUCGCUGGUUGCCGAACAGUAGUGAAUAAAGCCUCAACCAUCGACAAUGUCUACAGGAACUUUCCAAUCGAAUUGAUUUGUGGAGACGAAGACUUCCAAGUAGAAGUUAAAGAGAAUGGUGUAUGCUUCGAAUUUGACUUCUCAAAAGUCUAUUGGAAUCCUCGUUUGGCCACAGAACACGAGAGAAUUGUGAAAAUCCUACAACCAAACGAUGUUCUCUAUGAUGUUUUUGCUGGAGUAGGACCUUUCAGUGUACCAGCUGCGAAGAAACGCUGUACUGUCCUCGCCAAUGACCUCAAUCCAGAGAGUUACAAGUGGCUUACACAUAAUGCCAAAAAGAACAAAUGCUCUGGAAAUAUAACGACCUUCAACAAAGAUGGAAGGGAAUUCAUUCUCAAUGAAAUCCGAGAAGACCUCAUUCGCCGACUGAACGAAGAGUCUCCCAACUACAAAAUUCACCUCACCAUGAAUCUUCCUGCCAUGUCUGUUGAGUUUUUGGAUUCAUUCCGAGGACUUAUUGGUGCAUCAGAAGUUGAUUUCACGAGAACUAACCUCAACUAUCCACUAGUUCAUGUCUACUCCUUCGCCAAAGGCGAUAACACCCAAGAAAUCGUGCAGAAAUUAGUGGAAGACAACCUUGGAGUGGCACUCAAAGAAAACCUACAGUCGAUUACCUUCGUUCGAAAUGUCGCACCGAACAAAGAUAUGUACAGAGUUGCUUUCUAUCUCACGCGGGAGAUUCUAACGACACCCAAAAGCAUCGCAUCCAAGCGGAAAUCAUCAGAUAUUGAACUUGACGCAGGUGUUCCUAAUCCUAAGAUUCCUUGUUUAUAGACCCGUAGACUUAAAAUAAAACAAAUACUUAUUUUCUAA